GCUGAAUUACUCUCACUCGAGAGGCCCCCGUCUCUUCUUCUACGUGGGGGCUUCAAGUAUCCCCCUGCUUCUCGUGGAGUAUAAAGGACCCUGGUCUACCUUGCACAGAGUCACAGAACAGAGCGGCAUCGCAGAAGCCGACAUGAAUCCUCUGAUCGCGUGUAUGAUAGUCGGUCUAGCGGGGUUCGCCCUCGCGGAGCCACCGUCCGGCUACAGCUACAGCAGACCAUCAGGGGGUGGUUAUUCCUUCGGUGGUGGCGGCGGUGGAGGCGGUGGCGGUGGUGGAUACACCGCAGUGUCCACCGGCUAUCAAACUAGCGAGGGGGCAUCGAUCGACGGCGCGUUGCUCGAGCAGAUCCGUCAGAUCCUGCUGAGGGAAGAACAGAGCAGCGGAUUCGGAGGUGGCAUCGGAGGUGGUUACGCUCCUAGCUCGAGCUACGGCGCCCCAUCGUCCCAAUACGGUGUUCCAAGCUCGUCCUACGGUGUGCCGAGUUACCAGACCCGCGUGGUGGGCAUCGAUCUCGAUGGAAUCAGGCAGGCCAUCCAGGUGGCCCAGUUCAACCAAGUGAGCCAAGGGCCUGGCGGCUAUCCGAGCGGGCCGAGCGGAAGCUACGGGGUGCCGAGCAGACCAAGCGGUAGCUACGGUGCACCGUACUAAAUGCCGAUCAUCGGACCAAAUGCAGAUUGGAUGAUGGGAGAGUGAGAGAGAAGGAGCGAAAGAGAGAGAGCGAAUGGAGGCACCGCGUCGACCACCGCGAUUAUCUUCCGAGCUGAAACUCGAGGCAACGAAACGGAGGCAAGAUGAUCGAGGCCGAUCGAGAAGUACCAGGAUUAUUACGUUCGAUCGAGUAGUAAGAAUAUUUUUACCCCAAACACGAUGAGAAUUCUUCGAAUCCUCCAACUUAUUCCGCUCGGAAGAUGGUCGUAAGACGGAUAAAUCGUUAAGAAGAUAGAUCGUAUUUUCAAACAAACGAAUAAUAUCGGUGGUCGUUCGACGUUGUCAGGAUUCUCAGGGGAAGGGAGGGGGGGUAAAGGAGGAGAAUAAGAUCGUAAAGGAUGUACGUACAAGGUAACAUUCCAAGCAGGGAUUCCAAAGGAUCCUGUUUCGUUGAAAUCAAAUCGUCGUCGCUUCAACGGGCCACGAUCCUCGAAGGAAUCGCGGGCGUGCGUACCAAACGGAAGCUCCAGAUCUUUGGCUCGUUGAGGAAUAAAAGGUCGUCGCUUCAACGGGUCAGGGCUCGUGGAGUGAACUUGAAACGUUCGAACGAUCGGCUGCUAGAUUUAACGAACCGAGAGUCGACGGGGUGUCGUUUUCUUAUCGUACCAAAAUCAUCGUCGUCGCGGUCGGAUCCACGAGGGAUCACGAACGUACCACAAGUGAUAAAAAUGAGCUGUCGCGAAGAGAAAAAGAUAAAAAAAAAUAAAAAAAAAUAAAAAAAUAAAAAAAAGAGAGAAAAGAAAAGAAAAAAAAAAGAAUAGAAACAAACUACUGCAAAAAACGAUCUCAAAAGAGAUUCAACGUUACUACCAUUCGUUGUGACUUCGAAACGGUAUAUAGCCGUGAUGCCGGAGCCGAAGUCGAAGCCGUGAUCGGCGCACAGAAGCGCCUUGUAAAUACAAUUUACACGCUUUCCACAGCGUACGCUACGUCAUCCAAGAGUACGAGGAGGAACUGAACGCGUACGUCAUCGAAUCUGGCCUAAAACAGUUAUUCCAAGAAAGAUCAAUGAUGCCUAACGUAUUGAAUGAUUGAAGAAAAAGAAGAAGAAGAAAAAAAAAAAAGAAAUUGAAAGGAAAUGAAAAUCGAGAAACGUAGCGGACGCUGACACAAAUAUACACGUAAACACACAGAUACAUUAUAUUUUUUAUAUGUCUUAAACGCUACUCCUUAACCACGCAUUUUUUUAUACUUGUAUAAAGGCUUUUUUGUAGAAAAAAAUAAAAAAAAACGUCGCCACCGUUGAAA